UCCACUGUGACUCUGACAAGUGCUAGACCAGAUAGUGUUCAGACAAUAACUAUCACCAGAUCUCUACUGUGCAGAGAUACACCAUCAGUCUUGGACCCAGGAUGCAUUUCUCCAUUAGCUGUGGACUGUCCUUUAUGUGCGCAACCUUGGUGAUUUUCCUUCCUGUGCAAGGAAAACUUUGGCAUGUUACGCCUGAAUCCCCAUUCCUACACCCAAUCAUUCCCAGCUGCUGUAUGAUGGUCUCAGACGACCACAUUAGGGAAACUGUCAUUGCCUGCUUUGAACAGAGGGAACACACAUUUCCUAGUUGUAAAAUACAUGCAUACAUUUUUGUGACUCAGAGUCAGAGUAAAGUUUGUGUGGACCCAAAUGCCAGUUGGCUCCCUGAAAGACUCAAGAAGUUAGAGAAAAAGGGAAUCACUUGUGAAAUCCUGUGAAAGGCCUUCAACAGCCAAGAUGAAGAUGAUGCACCAUGACCUUCUAAGCAGAAAUAUUUACACUGGCAAUAUGUCUACUAACUUAACGGCAAUGCUUAAUUCCCGCUGUCUUUAAAUAUAUGUGUGUGAUUUGGUUAAAGACAGAGUUCAGUGAUACAGUAGUUUGGGGGAAUUUUACGGGUUUCCCAGAGUCAGAAAUUAAAACAUGCCUUGGGACUUUUUUUAUGUAUUUGGUGUAGUCUAGUUAUGUCAAACAGCAAUAUUAGGCUAUCUUGGCUCAAUUGUUGUGUCCAGGGAAUCAAUUAAAAUAACCAUGAUCCCAUAGACAUCCAGGAAUUGAGCGAAACUAAGCAAGUGGGGUGGUUCAAAACAGUUAAUGCCAAUGUCUUUGUCAUUUUAUCAUCAUAUUCUAAACAAAUAAAGAUAAUUUUGAAAAA